GUGUUUUUUUGUUUGUUUUACAUUUUGUCACAAUGGUGGAAAUCAUAAUCCACCAUUAUCAAAGUUAUUAUAUUUAAUAUUGAGUUGAUAUAGUUUUUAGAUUUUUUGACUACUUGAAUUGAAUGGGCAAAUCAAAACAAAAAACAACUAGGCCUGUAAGUAAUGUGUACUGGAAUUUAAUCCUUUCAUGCAUGAAUUAUGAAAAUUUUCUGUGUUUUUACUCUUCUUUAGGCAUACAUUUUUUUUUUACCUUCAUUUUACUUUUAUAUAAAUUUUCCUAAACGUUAUUGAAGUGUCCACUCCAGUGGCUGUUAUGCAGUUAUUCUAUUGAAAUCCUUGCAAUAGCCAGAAAAUGGCUUUUGAAUAGCUGUCCACUGUAGUGACCACUAUGCAGGAAAGGGUUAAUGUCAGUUUAAUAAAAUGUGAUAUGUGAAUGGAAAGUUAUGAAAUAUAAAGCUAUCUGGCUUAUAUUUCAAUAAUAAACACAAAACUGUUUUAUUCAUAAAAUAUUCUAUACAGGGGGUGCUUUUGUUUUGUUUCUUUUCUUUUUUUUUCUUUCUUUUUUAUAGCUGCAACAUUUUGAGAAAUUCAGGUAAUUAGUAUUUGUAUACUAACCUAUUGCAGUGCAUUGUGGGAUUUCAUGAGCACACUGGAUACUUUCUGACCACAAAUUGGAUCCCAAAAUAAUCUCCUAUAUACAGGUCAUAUCAUAUGUUGAGCCUUGCUAUCUUGAUGAUACACUGAAGCAUCAUUUCUCUCCUCUCCUACAGACAUGGCCCUUAAUGACUCUGACGUGGGCUUGGAGGUUGUCUUUGAGAUCGACCCCCUCCUGCAGCUCUCCGAUGUCCGCCUUACACCUGACCCCAUGGCAUCAGCGGUGUUGAGUCCAUGGGAUGUGGCCCUGUGUGUGUCAGGUGCCCUGAUUUGUGGCGAGAAUGCAAUCAUCAUAGUGACCAUCCUCUCUUCAGCAUCUUUGCGGGCGCCUAUGUUCCUGCUCAUUGGUAGCUUAGCUUGGGCAGACUUCCUGGCAGGAGUUGGACUGCUGCUGUACUUUAUGUCUCACUGGUGUGUGUCCUCGAGGGGACUGGAGCUGGCUAGUGUGGGCCUGCUGGUAAGCGCACUCAGUGCGUCUGUUUUCUCCUUGCUGGGCAUUACACUAGACAGAUUCCUGUCUCUCCACCGAGCCCUGACGUAUGGCUCACGCCGCGCACACACACACACUUGCUGUGCUCUGGCUAUGGGGUGGACUCUGGCGGGGCUGCAGGGGGUUCUUCCUGCUUUAGGCUGGAACUGUCUGGACGAUGGACAGUCAUGCAGCGUAGUGUGGCCGCUGACCCGAGUGCAUUUGGCUACACUGUGUGGAGGCUUUCUGCUGGCCCUGGCUCUAAUGCUGCAGCUCAAUGCCUGGAUCUGCCAAGUUGUCCUGCGCCACUCACAUCAGAUUGCCCUACAGAGACACACACUGCCCUCUGCACGCACACACACACGCCGACGUGUGCACACUCUCGCCCUCAUCCUUGCCAUCUUCGCCAGCUGUUGGAUCCCCUUUGCUCUGUAUGGUCUCCUCGGAGAUGGAUCAUCACCUGGCCUAUACACAUAUGCCACUCUGGUGCCAGUCACAGGAAACUCUCUGCUCAACCCUUUGAUUUAUGCCUACAGAAACACACACAUACAGCGUGCACUGAGGCAGGCUUGCUGCUGCUGCCUACCAAAUACAUUUACCAAAAACACGCACACACCAAGUGAUGUGUAACAGACAGCUUAUCUGAAAUAUGAUAAUUGGCGCCAUGACGGAUCAUGC